AGAAGUGGCGCAGCGUGUGGGAUUUAUUUGAUUAAUGGAUUGGACAGACCUCGGUGUCGUCUCCGAUUCCCCAGACCCGGUAAGAAUGGCUGUGACUCCAUCUCGCACCAUGUCGGAUUUCGUCGAGGUUGAUUUGAGCACUCCUAAAUCCUCCCCAAAGGUAGUGCUGGUUCCCCCAUCCAAGGGCACAGCGGUGGGUUUGGCAUCUCUCCGUGCCCCCCAGGGCAGCACUGUACCCGCCUCGCCUCUCGCAUCACUAAACGCAGGCGCAGAGCAGCUUCAUCCUCCCAACCCAAAUGGAAGCUCAGAGGAGGCGCCGCCGUCCAACCCUCCAGCUGGUAUGGAUGCCAGUCCUGGGGCAUCAGGUCCAACCACUGUGAGGUCCCAGUGUCGCCCCCCAGUGGACGCCCAAGUAGGGGUUCCCCAGGACUUUAGCCGCUCUCCUGGGAACACGGGUCCUAUUGAUGGUGGGCAAUCUUCACCAUCUCGUCCUUCUGGCCAAAUUCCUGCAUCUGCCGCUGCGUCCUGCCCCCCAGACCGCAGGGCGCUCCUGAUCACUGAUGCUGCAGCCAAACAAGCGUUUCGGGAUUAUGGUGACAGCAAAUUUUGGUAUGGAAGCGCGCCGGCCAAAGAGAUGACGAUCGAGGGGCUGCAGCCAUUAAACACUUAUAGGUUUUCUUUGGAGACUUUUACAGAGUCGCGGAGCUGCGAAUGGGUGACGGAACUAUAUACAGGUCAGCACGUGGAUUCUACAGAUGUUAGGUUCGUCCUGCAGCCCUGGGAGGUCACGGUCGCUGUACCCGACAUGUUCAAGGACAGGACUCAGAAGAUGAAGGUUCCUAAUACGUCCUCGGUGAAGGUUUGUGCACAAUGCAAAGGGAUGGGAAAGAACAUGUGCCUGAGGUGUCACGGGACCGGCCGGAUCCAGUGCAUGUGGUGUAACGGGACCGGGAGACGGAUGCAGAUGGAGAUGUGUCAGCAGUGCUACGGGAGCGGGACCGAGAGCUGUAGGAUGUGCAACAUUCAGAACUGCGUCACCUGCGCCGGGAGGGGACAAGUCCUGACCUACAUGCAGCUGACCGUCACCUGGAAGAAUAAUAAAUACGAAUACAUAUCGGAUCAUAACUCAGAAUUCUCCUCGGAUCACUUCAGCGCUGUUCUUGGAGAGAGGAUCUUUACAGACGAACAGUUGUCGGUAUCUCCACUGGAACAUUUCCCAGACUCCUCCAUUAUUCGGGCUUCCCAGAAUGCUUUGGAGCAGCACCGCACCCAGUUCUCCUCCACAUGUCAUGUUCUCAGACAGCGGCAGAGCGUUGAAUUACUUCCUCUCACCAAAGUGCAAUACACCUGGAAAGGGAAUCCAUUAAACUACUUUGUUUAUGGAAAGGAAAACAAGGUUUAUGUCCAGAAUUACCCCCAGAAGUGCUGCUGCGCGGUCAUGUGACCUCCCUGAACCAAUCACGUACUUGGACUUCUAACCCUGUGUCUUGUGUGAUAAUUUAUAGUUUCUUUAUUUGUAUCGCACUCACCGGAGCACGAAAAUCCACAGUUCUAAAAUGUGCACAAAAUUAUAAUCUAUUAAGAAAUGUGUAAAAUAUAAUAAAUCGUAACUUAACAUUGUUGUAAAAAAA